GCCGCGCGCCCCGGCGCCAGGGGCAUGGAGGAGCGGCGGGCUCCGAGCCGCGCCCCGGAGUCCCCGAAACUUGCGAGCAGGCGCCCCUCAGCGCCGCCGCCGCCGCCGCCGCUUCGCCUGCCGGCCUGAGAGCGGGACCAUGGAUGAAAGGUUCAACAAGUGGCUGCUGACGCCGGUGCUCACUCUCCUCUUCGUGGUCAUCAUGUACCAGUACGUGUCCCCCUCCUGCACCAGCUCCUGCACCAACUUCGGGGAGCAGCCCCGCGCCGGCGAGGCCCGCCCGCCUGCCGCCCCGAGUCCCGCCCGCCGGGCGCAGCCGCCGCCGGAGGAGUGGGAGAGGCGGCCCCAGCUGCCCCCGCCGCCCCGGGGACCUCCCGAAGGGCCUCGGGGGGCUGCGGCGCCGGAGGACGAGGACGAGGAGCCGGCGGACCCGGAGGAGGAGGAGGAAGAGGAAGAAGAGGAGCCGGACCCCGAGGCCCCCGAGAACGGCUCGCUGCCCCGCUUCGUGCCGCGCUUCAACUUCACCCUGAAGGACCUGACCCGCUUCGUGGACUUCAACAUCAAAGGGCGCGACGUGAUCGUGUUCUUGCACAUCCAAAAGACCGGGGGCACCACGUUCGGCCGGCACCUGGUCAAGAACAUCCGGCUGGAGCAGCCGUGCAGCUGCAAAGCAGGGCAGAAGAAGUGCACCUGCCACCGGCCCGGCAAGAAGGAGACCUGGCUCUUCUCGCGCUUCUCCACCGGCUGGAGCUGCGGGCUGCACGCCGACUGGACGGAGCUCACCAACUGCGUGCCGGCCAUCAUGGAGAAGAAAGACUGCCCUCGUAACCACAGCCACACCAGGAAUUUCUACUACAUCACAAUGUUGCGGGAUCCAGUUUCUCGCUACCUGAGUGAGUGGAAACAUGUCCAGCGAGGGGCCACAUGGAAAACUUCUCUCCAUAUGUGUGAUGGAAGAAGCCCCACCCCUGAUGAGCUGCCUACCUGCUACCCUGGGGACGACUGGUCUGGGGUUAGCUUGCGGGAAUUUAUGGAUUGCAGCUACAACCUGGCUAACAACCGCCAAGUGCGAAUGCUGGCAGACCUCAGCCUGGUGGGCUGCUACAACUUGACUUUCAUGAAUGAGAGUGAAAGAAACACCAUCCUGUUGCAAAGUGCAAAGAACAACCUGAAGAACAUGGCCUUCUUUGGGCUCACUGAAUUCCAGAGGAAGACACAGUUUCUCUUUGAGAGGACAUUCAAUCUCAAGUUCAUCUCCCCCUUCACACAGUUCAAUAUCACGCGGGCUUCCAAUGUGGAAAUCAAUGAGGGUGCCCGCCAACGUAUUGAGGAGCUAAACUUCCUGGACAUGCAGCUUUACGAGUAUGCAAAAGAUCUCUUCCAGCAACGCUACCAUCACACCAAGCAGCUAGUGCACCAGAGAGACCGCCAAAAGAGGCGGGAGGAACGGAGGCUACAGAGAGGGCACAGGGCCCACCGUUGGCCAAAAGAGGAUGCAGCCACAGAGAGGACUGUCACGGAGGACUACAACAGCCAGGUGGUGAGAUGGUGACCCCCUGCUUGCUCCUCUCUUGGUAGGGGAAGGAUGAGCAGAUGCAUUGACUUUUAUUGCAUUAGUUGAAGAUGUCAGGUUAUUCUGAGAACAUCUGGCUGUAGGUGACUUGAAUUGGACAUGCACUUCCUCUGUCUUCAUUUUUAUCCAGCUGGAGAUUAACCACCUUGUUCUUUUAUUUCCCACAUUAUUCUAUCAAUGCUGUUAAACAGGAGAGGAAUAUAUCCAACAUAGACCACUUUAGGAGGUCAAGAGGAGAAGCAGCCAAAAGAAAGCAGUCGCUGCAACCUUCGCAGCAGCAUAGGUUAUAGUUCUGGUGCCUAGAACCCACAGAGGCACACAUGAAAAGCCAAACUGUGGCUUGGAUGUUCCGCUGAAUCCAGUCUGUUUCGUACUGUCUCUGCUGUGGAAAUAUUGGUCUGUUUCAUUAGACAGAGAAGGACCUUUUAGCCCUUAGAUGAGGUUUUCUGGCAAUGCUUCAUUGACUGUGGGCUCUCAUCUUUGAACUCUAUUUGGAUGUGUUUAAAUCAUAAGUAGAGUGAUGUGUUUUGUUGUAGCAGAUGCUUUUAAACAAAAUUACCCUACUGUUGACCAUCGCCAGAGACCCACAUCCAGCAAAACCCAAACACCAUAGUGCUAAGCCAUGCUUCCUCUCCAUCGUUUAGGGAACAGGGAGUGGAUAUAGGACAGGGAUGAUUGCAAUUCCUGCAAACUGAACAUUGGUGAGGUGUUUCCAAUAACUUGCUUAUUUAUUAAUGUCUAAGCAGAUCACAGUUUACCAGUUUCAAUCUUCAAUGUGAGCAAUGAAUGAUAAAUUAAGAGAAGAAAACAAAGCAGGAGGAGACCUAUAUGGUUUACAUUUCCAAGCCAGCUACAGAACCCUUGUUUUUAUAGAAAUAUUCGAGUUUAACCCCUUUGGAGCAGUCAUCAUCUUUAAUUUGGUACUGCCAGGUUUGAAAUUCUGCUAACACAAAGGAAAAGAAUUUAUAAAGAACUUGACCUGGAUUAUAUUUGAGGUCCCUAAAUGAAUAAUAGCUCUGAGUUAGGCUAGGAGACAUGGAACCCCAUUAAUAGGACACCUGUCCUAGGAAUUUAGAUGUCUUUUCUACUCCUCACUGCACACACUCCUGAAUGUCUCCAGCACGGUAGCUUAUUUUCUUCCCAUAUGAUCUUUACCUGUUACUAGACUAUGGAUCCAGGCAGCAAAUCAGGUCUAGAGUGCAUAAAACUGGACUAAAACGUGUGCUGCAUUGCCAAGUGCUCCUUAUUUUUGCCUUUACUCAACGAUAAUGGAAAGAAGUCUUUUUGAAAACCAAGGGGAGUGUGAAGGAACAGAGACUAGAAAGCCUUCGCCUCGCAUUCAGUGGGAGGAUCAGAGUGGAUAGGAAGUUAUACAACAGAUUGAUCUGAUCAAUCCCUUCAAGGAGCUGAAGGCAAAAUGAGUGAAACCCCUAAAUCAGAUUGAAAAGCCUAUUUCAUUGAUAUCCAACAUGUUUGAUGUUUAAGCCAGCUUUGCUUAAGCCACUUCUCAGCCUCCAGAAUACUCUCUCUGGGGUUGAGAGUCAAUCAACCCACAAAUGUUUAUAGAGCUGCCUACACGAAUAGAGAGGAGUUUGGCAUCUCCAUCAAAUGGAGAUCUGGAGAAGUGGCUCACACAUUUCUUUCACCCCACCUUGGCUUCAUCUGUGGUGCAAGGGAUGGCCCUCUGUGCCAAGACUGAGAGAAGACUCUUUCCAUACCUUCAAAAAUUUUGUAGAUGAGAAAAGUGAAGCCCAUAGAUGCUAAGUAGCAACCUUACCGGUUGGCAGCUAGGUCUAGCUAACUGCAAAGUGCAGCUCUUUUUACUCCGUCAUCCCAUACACCUGAGACAAGAGCUCAAGCCACCAAACAUGCAAGAAGCCAGAUGCUGUUGCAAGAACUGAUAGCCUUUAACCGCUGUUUGUGGUGCAGCUGUGACAGCACCAAGCUUAUAAUGACCCAGAGCUAUGCUGCCUUGGGUGAGUCCAACGCCCUCCACAUCACUGGUCCAUCAAGGAAUAGAGAGAUAGAUGACAGUUUAGGCAACCAGACUUUUUUGAGUCACAUACAAAUUGAAUUAAAAAUGGACAAAUGAACACUGCUUAUUUAUUUGUGUCUCCCUUCCCUAUGCUUUGUUCCUAAGGUAGAAAGUGAAGGAACAUGGCAGCUGGUAAUAAUGAACAGCUCGCUUGUUCCCUCUCCCUCUCCCUCUCCCUCUCCCUCUCCCUCUCCCUCUCCCUCUCCCUCUCCCUCUCCCUCUCCCUCUCCCUCUCCCUCUCCCUCUCCCUCUCCCUCUCUAUCUCUAUCUUUGUAUUUCAAUGUUAAGAUCUAAUAAUGUUCUGCUGAGAAUAGCAGGACUGCAAAUUACCCUUCUGCCUGCCACUGUGACACAUACACAUGCAUGCAUGUUCACAUGCACACACACACACACACAAUGAUGAUGCAGUAUUUUGUCAUGUGGAAAAUCAAAACAACUUAGAGAGCAUUCAGAUUAUUCCCUUUAAACUCACUUCAAAUUUUUGGCAGAGAAUUCCUGCAUAGCUGAGACUUGGAGGCGGCCCCUGCUAACUUCACACUGUUCUUUAGGUGCCUUGGGACUUAUCUCAAAAGGCUUUCCACUGCCUUGCCGUGAUGUGUGGUGCUCCACCUGAGACCAGAUAUCAGAAUGUUCAGAAGAGAAACCAUCUCUUUGCUGGCCCAAGGCCACGGAUGAGCAAAUUAAAAAAGACCGACAAGGGCUUCCUCCCUCAUAUCAUUUCAUUCAGAAGCAGCACACUUUUACAUCCCUGAGGUCCUAUGUUGAUAGAAAUAGAGAGGUAGCGACACAGUGUGUUCUCUGAAAAUUGACUGCACAUCUACAUGCUGAGUGAAGCUCAGGGAAGGAUGCCAAUGGAAGGCAGCUGGGCCUAAGUAUAUGUGGGCAAUUUAGCUGUCUCAAGACUGCAAAACAAAUAAACUACAGAUACAUCAGUGUCCACAGUGCAAGAAGAGAGCCUCUCCCUGCUCCCUGGCCUCAAAUUCCCCAGGGAAUGCACAGGCUUCCACUCCCACAAUUUGCUCAAAGACAUCCUUUUCUUUGUCUUGGCAAUAACUACACCAAUAACCAGAUUGGGAUAGAUGUCCUUGGGAAUAUGUGCAUGUACGUGUGCUUUUAAAUUUUAUUAAGAAUUAAGGUACACACUGUUCAUUUUGCCUUCAUCUUUUUGGCCAUCUACUCUUGGUAACUGGAGAAAACUUCCAUAAGUAUUACUUUAAUACUCUUUAAUAAUUGAUAGCAUUACUAAUCAAUGUUAGAUGAUAGCUUGUGAUAUCAUGUGUUAUUUAAAAAUGAUAAAGAAAUGUUAUCAUUCCAAGGAGUUAACUUCACCAUAAAUAGUUUAAGGAAACUUUGAAAUAUGAGACUCCAUUUGGUUAUGCCCUCAAGGUAAUUUCUCAAGAGUCUGAGUAGACAUACUGUUCUAAUAUCGGGAAGAAGGUCUAUAAAAUAGAACUGGCAAGGAAGUAAGAAUGUAUUAUUGAACAGUAAGUGUGUGUAUAUUGGAUAGAAUUGUUAUUUGGCUAUCUUAGCCAAGAAAUCCAAAACAAUAGUAAAAUCAAACAAAAUUAAAACAAUUUCUCUCUCACUUAAAGAUAGACUACUUUGAUAGCUGUGAUGUAUGACAUUACCAGAAGCCCAGGUGCUCUCUGGUUGCUCUUUUGUCUUAAUGUGCAGCAUUCAUCUCAUGAUCCAAGAUGGCUGCUGUGGCUCCUGCCACUUCAUUUACAUUUGAGACCGUAGAAAGGAAGUGGAUGGAAACUGCAUAUAUUGUAUCUAGUCACAUCUCAUGGAGCAGAACCUAGACAUUAGCCACGUCUACAAAGACUAGGAAAUGUCUAUUAUGGGUUGCCAUGUGCCUUGACAAAUGUGGGAGUUCUAUUAAAGAAACAAUGUAAAAAUUAAUACUGACAAAACUUUCAGUGUCUGACAUGAAAGGGAAUUGAAAAAUAUUUCAGAUGCUUCUCAACAUCAUUUAUUUCAUCAUAUGUUUUGUAAAGGAUAAGAUUAAAUUUCACCACUUUGUAUAGCAUGCAAUGCUUUUCAAAACAUUUUUACAUUUAGUAUCUCAUUUGAGUCUUCAUUACAUUCUUGUGUGUUAAAUAGGAUCUUGAUUCAUUUUCCCAUGUGGUAAGUUGGAAUGGAGAUUCAAUGGUGUUGAAAGAUUUCCCAAAGAUUCUAAUUUAUUAGCAAAGCUACUCAGAGCCCCAGCUUUUUGAUUUAUAGGCAUUCCUACUGCUUUAUGCUGCUCAGCUUCAGUUUUGGAUUGGGAAUUGCAAGAAUAUCAAAACUAAACCUUUAUUGAUUUAUGUCUUCCCUUACCUUUUUUUUUGGAAGUGCAGUGACUUAGAAAAUGCCAUGGAGACGCGUUGAGUUGACUUUCAACUUCCUUCCUUGAAGAAGGGGAGUUCUUAUUAUGAAUAAAGGGUCCAAGAGAUGGAGAGUGUUGCAGUGAGGGGUGAGAAUCACUGGACCUCAGGGAAGACAUUCAGACAAACUAGUUGGAUGUGUGCCAUAUCCAACUCCAGAACUAUGCAAGAUGACGGCUAAAGAGCUGUGCUUACAAUCCUUGGGGAAGCUCAGUGUUAGAAAUAUUCAAAACUUGUAGUCGCCUGUUAGUGAAGCUUAAGAGGCGAUCAAUAGAAUCCAUACAAAAAAAAAAAAAAAAACCCUCUUUCUCUACUUCUUCAUUUUAUCAGCAAGGCAUUGCUUUAGUUUUGAAGGUUUUAUUUGGUAUUAAAUGAGUUCCUUUUGCUUAUUUGCUGGAGAAAAGAAAUGCUUUAAUUUGUCAUAAGCUAACACCUUCACAUGGAGAGUUUAUCUGAUUCCUUUCCCACCCACCAUGACCCCUGGCUGAGAUGAAAGUCCUAUAUAAUGGGAUCAUCAGAGGUGGAGGGGUUGGGUGACUAUGGCUGACUACAGAAAUAGUGGGACUCCUGAAAGGGAGGCGGAUAUUUCAAAAGCUGAAAGAUGAGGAAUUAAAUACGUGCAAGGCAAUCUUGGAAAACUUUUUAAAAAUGACUAAAAAUGACUAGGAUAUAGUUUCUUUCUUCAAAAACAAAGGAAAGCUGGAAACAGGUACACGGUAAUUCUUUUAGAAACUUAAACAAAAACUGAACGAAGCUCCUGAGAGGUCAGAGCACGGGAUGGUUUUAUGGACUGAAGGUUGAUUGCACUGGAGGAACCGAAACACGGAAAGUUGGGUUGGACUUAAGAAAAAAGAGCGUGAUCUGAUCACAGGUGUGACUCUAAGGUUUCCUUUUCCAUAGCUGUUGUGCCUCCAUUGGUCUCUGGAACUGCAACUAAAAGUCCUCAGGCUGGAUAUCAGGGCUGGCUGAGCCUAUACUGCUAACUAUGUGGUGCCAUCUUUCUCCAAGGCACUUGCGGCUUCCCUUCCUAUCCCCUUCCUCCAUCUCUGCUGGACAUCGGUCAAUCCCUACUAUUCCCUCACCUCUUUCACCAGGGCACAUCUCAAAACAUUCUCUGAAACUCUGAGUCAGUGCUUCUGAGAAAGUGAGUGGGAUCUGAGACCUGUGUGUUUUGUAGCCUAAUGGAUGGAAUGCACAUGGACCCAUCUUCACAGUGCAUUGACAGAAUUCACCUGCCUUGCAGAGGCGCUGAGACACCCAAUGGAGAAACCUGGGAACCUAUGUUGUUAACACCAGCAACACCGGCAUGGCAAAAGCCUCUGAACUUCCAGGCAAGGACUCGAGGUAACUGAACUAAACUCCAGAUCGGAUGCUGCAAAUCUACAGAAGGGUCUGGAGGCUCUGUUCCAAGUGGUCUGUGGAAAAGACUGCAACUGUCAUCCUGUGGCAUGUGCUGCUGUGCUAUGGGAACCCAUCAAAGGACCAGAUGUCUGUGCUUAAAAAACCCUUCCCUUCUUGCUGGGGAAAACAGGUGUUCUGAGAAGCGGAGCUGUGUGUGAUUUAAUCAGUGUCACAUUUGUCUCUCACCUCGUCACUUUUUUGGUGUCGAUUCUGUGGUCAUCCAUUCUUUUCCUUCUUUUCUCCCUCCAGAAGCCCUUCCUGGGAUUUUCUUGCAUUAUUUUUUCUUUUAUUUUUAUCAACGCAAUGUUGGGAAGAAAAAUUUGGAUCUUUAUCUGGUGCCCCAUUUUAGAUGUAAAGAUAGAUAUUCAAUAGAUAGUAAAUUAUUUCUCCUAAGAGAUAGUUCCUUUUGUUUCUGUGCAAUAAUAUGUAUGAACUUGGUUACUAGGAGAUUGUAUUGUGACAUGAUCAGUCUUUAUUGCUAUUUAAAAUGAUAGUUUGUAGAACUGAGGAUUUCCAUUGGUGUGAAGCACAAUUUAAUGAAUAAGUUAACAUAUUAAACUGUUGUGAUGUCAAGAACAAUUGUUUUCCCCCUGUGUUUUUGUCAGAGACAUUUUUUUGUAAACUGAAAAAGUUAAACACUUUCAGGGAUUUAUGGAAAUGGGAUCCACAAGGCCAACUUUCUCAAACUGAAAAAUCCAUGCUUUGGCUACAAAUGUGGUUAUUGGAUGUGAAACUUUAAAAGCCAUAAAGUACAAAGAAAAUAUAGAUUGAAAGAAUUGAGAGCCUCUGGGGCCAGGAAGGAUUUCACAAGCCCUCAAACAUAGGCUUCUAAAACCAUGUCCUCGAAGACCCCCUCUCCCCAGCCCAGGCCCACUCCAGCACUUUGCAAUCUGCUGUGCAAUGUAGAAGAGUCACGUGGGGGUGAGGGAUGAGGUGAGGAUUGGAAAAAGCUCGGAGAGAAACAGGGGUUGGCGCAACAGAUCUGGGAAAACAAUCUAAAGGAAGAAAAGGGGAAAGAAAAGAGGGGGGGAGGGAGGAAUGGGAAGUGGAAGAACUGAAGAAAUCCACAAACAACCACAAACACUCUCCCCAAUCUUAGUGUAUAUGGUUCGACAGCAGUAGCUAAUUCCUAUACUAUAAGCAAAGGAGAUUAUAGUAGAGCAAGUUUCUUCAAAAAUUUCUUGAAUGAUGCAGCUUAUAUUUUCUUGUGGAUCCUUCCCUUGCCAUGGGUGGGAUUUGUACCCUGAGAAAAAUGUGAUUGAUAUUGUCCCUCUACCUAGUGGGAAUUACACGCAAAGGGAGCUUGACGUGAGGGCAAGUGAAGUUGCCAUAAGGGAGGCUUCAAAAGACAGUUGCAGAUAAACACACAGAAACACAUGGUGUGCAUGUGUGUCCAUGCAAAGGGGAGACAAUGUGGGGCUGUCAAGGAAACUUCAGGUAAGAGAAGGACCGUGGACCUUAAGAUUUACAUUUUGUUCCUUGUUAAAGCGCAGUAAUCCCCUCUCAUCUACGGGGAUAUGUUCCAAGUGUCCCACCGGAUGCCCAAAACUGCUGUUAAUACCAAAUCCUUUUUGUAAUAUGUUUUGUUCUGAACAUAAAUCUUAACAACAUUGGCAUGUGAUUUUUUUCCUCUUUUCUUAAAACAUGAGCUUUCACUUUUAGACUUAAAGCAAGCACGUCAGAGUUUCUCUUUGGCACAUGCAAAUAGCCACCCUCACUAUCCUGUGUUUGGGGGCCACUGCUAAAUUAAGUAGGAGUUACUUGAAUGCAAGUACUGCCGACUGCCUCAAUUGAUCUGAUAACCAGAUGGACUGCUUGGUGACAGGCGGCUAGCAUUUACGAGUAAGACACACGGAUAUGCCGGACCAAAGGAUGAGUCAGGUUCCUGGGGGCAUGUGGCUGGGAUCAGAGGGGCACACAAUUGGAGGCUUAUAAUUUGUUUGUUUCCAUAACUUGCCAUUUAAUAUUUUGAACUGAGGCUGACCAUGAGUAAUGGAAACCAUGGAACAGGAAUCUGCCAAUUAAAGGAGAAAACUAUAAUGUUGUAAAUAAGGUUGAGAAUGUUGAACUUAUGGGAACUGUACUCUCAAAUAAAAUACCAUUUUAGCCUCAUAGACCAGUUUUCAUAUUAAAUGCAGGUUUGCAAACUAAUGGAAUAUAAAAUAUUCUAGCAUAAUUUUAAUUAUAUUAAAAAUAC